UUGCACGUGGAUUCCGUUCUCAUCACCGCUUGGUCGCCUGCAAUCUGGAUGGCAGCGGCAUCGCUGCACGAGUGCACUCAAGUUUCCCUCAAAACAUGGCAAGACGACCUCGUAAGGUUAUUUCAGAACGCCAAAGACAGAUAUCCAGAUGUAGUUUGGGAAGUCGGUGAAGACGUUGACGACGAUGAGAAUAUAACACCCGAUGUUGACGAAGUAUGGGGCCACAAAGCAAUUGUAUAUGCUCGAGCUCCUCCCUCAUUUCAAUCCAGAUAUUUUCAGUUUCGCCCGUCAAAUACGACCAGCCUCAGUCUUGCUCUUUCAGACUCCUUUUCCCGUUCACCAUCUCCGUCCAGAAAUCCAACUCCUCAGACCAUUAGUCAGGGCCUAACUCGUCUUCGAACUGCAAUCUCAACCGUUCUGUUCAGCAAUGAACUCGAAUAUCUUUAUACCGGCCAAGGGUUCGGUGAAGCCUUUCAGUUUCUUUUCGAUGAAGACGGCGCCGGGGGAAUAGACGAGACAGACUCUGCAGAAAUACGAAUCGAUAAAUUGCGGCGGGACUUGGUCUUCAUGUGGCGAUCUCGUCUCUAUUCCGACGUAAGAAUUGCCCUAUCAAACGAACACGAGCCUUCCACCGCCGUUUUCAGCACUCAUAAAUUCAUCCUCGUAUCUCGUUCUUCCUAUUUUGCUAAACUCUUAAGUGCAUCCUCCUCUCAUGCUUCUCGGGACGAAACGCAAACACUCACACUUCCGUCUCCACCACACACUCCCGCCUCACUGCAUUUCACCCUUGGUUACCUUUACACCGGGACGCUCUCUUUUUCUCAUCGAACCUAUGAUUUGAGCACCGCUCUAUCUAUCCUCCUCACUUCAUCUUCAUCAUACCUCAAUCUCCCUGCAUUGCAUGUCGAAAUUCGCUCUCGAAUCGUCAUCGAAAUGGCACAUGGACUAUUCCAUGCAUUUCUUCCUUUUGCCGAAUAUGAUUCUCUGCUAAAUCGUGGUGGAACAGGCGGCUGUAAAUGUCGACAAUGUGCCCGACGAAUUCCUCGAAUACUAUCCUUCGCUUUACAACCGACUUUGCAGGACGCCAUUCUUGAAAGAGGCGCCAGACGAGCAUUGGUCGGGUUGUUUGGUGAUGGUUGGUGCACGCAAGAAUUUGCUGAGUUAGACCCUAAAAUUCGCGAAUCGGUCAUUAGAGGUGUCAGGAAGAGAAUGUGGAAAGAGUUUGAAGGAGACUCCGCAAACGCAACCGUCAAAGGCAGGGGGUUAUUCGCGUUAUUAUUUGCCGCAGAGUCCGCUCUGGCUGGGAGGUUAACACAAGUUCUGGGGUACAAUGGGGAGGACGACGAAAUACUCGAGGGUGAGCUCCCAGCCAACACCCGUAAGCCCUGGGCAACCAUAGUUCGAAACGAUCUCCUUACAGCAAGGAAAUCCAUCGAUGAAUGUCUGGCCGAGUGCGUCGAGGACUGUCUUUCCCCACCGCCGUCUACUACCGCCUCUCUCUUUAUACCAAAUGCGCAGGAUUUGACCUCAUCCUCUCAGCUCGGUGGAGAAGAACCUGAGAAAGAAGCAGAAGGGCUCAACGAAUUUCAUCUCCUCCUUCUCCGAUCGCCUCAUACACCCUCUUAUACUGACGCCCUCCAUCUUCAAUUCAUCCUUUCUUCUCUGUUGCGUGGGCUAUCUCAUUCCAAUGCUCCGGUGGUAUAUCAAACUUUGGUGUCGAAUGUUUUGCUAUUACCCUCUAUUACAGACCCCGAACAGUCGAUGCAAGAAUUUGGUGCAUUCAUUGGAGAGAGACGGGCGUUAUUGGGCGAAACGAAUUACGUCAGGAUUCAGGUAGAAGAAGCACGAGUAGAGGUAAUGAAGUGGAUCAAAGGGAGAUGGAGGAGGGUCAGAGAUUUGGGAGGAUUCUUGUUGAAAGGGAAUACUAUCAGAAUACCACCAGCGAGAAACGGUGACAGCCAUUCCCUUCCUCCGAUAAAGGGUAGUGAGGGAAAGGACGUAGAAGAACGGGAAGGACAGAUGGAGUUGUGGGCGGUUCAGGAAAUUUCGGAUUACAUUCAAAUACCUUUGGAUGACCUUCUUGCUGCACCAACUACUCCUGUUUCGGCCUACCCAUCAUCACAAUCCCUGCAUCCUGUUAAGUCAGGGAAAGGGAGUGACGAUACCUCGUCUGUCAUAUCGAGAAGCGGGGUUUCGGUUAGGUCUGGCGCACCUUCCUUGAAGAGUGGUGCACCGUCAUUCAGGAGUGGAGUAUCCUCCCGUUCGGGUGCGUUGUCACCAGCUGGAAGGAGGAACGGUGCAUUGAGCCCGACUGGAGGCAGUUUGACUGGGACCGCGAAAAGUGGUGCAUUGUCUCCGACAUCAAGGAUAAGGGCGUUGAGUCCGACAAUGCGUGUAUCAACCCUUUCUAAGAAUCUACCGCCUACGUCUCAGAAGAGGAUUGUCUCCAGUAGUGCGUCAUCGGUGCGUAGCUUACGCUCGACGACAUCCGUCUCAACUACCACUACCACUACCCGAAAGUCGGCAAGAGAAAUCCCUGCCAAAGUAGACAAAGCCAAUCUGGGAGUAAGGAAGUCGGCUGGGGAAAGACCUGACUCCAAAUUCACUGAAGUCGAAGACAAAAAUGCUGAAAUGCUUGUUCCUGAUGUUGUUGUUGGGGACGCGGAUAUGCAAGACGAUACCAGGUCUACCUCGCCUUCGACGUCUACAUCAGUUUCUCCACAUCCAUCACCAUCCAAAGGUGGACAGGCUGUGUUGACCCCUAAGGCGUCCAUAGCGUCUCUUUCGUCCACUUACUCGACGCAAUCCAAUCAUACUUCUGCACAUUCCACCUCAACGUCGAUAUCUCCCAAGCAAAGAAGAGGGUCCUCACAUAGUACAGCAAGCGUCGCUAGUACUAUUCGAAGAGCACAUGCUGCUGCUGCGAAGGCCAGUAGUACCGCCUUGAAAGUAUCACCUUCAUAUGGAAAGAGACCGGUGUCUUCUGCCAGCACUGCAACUUCAACUACAGCAUCGAGUGUCAGCGGCGAGUACAGGACUGCCUCCGCUACUAGUGGUCCAAUGAAUAGAAGUACUUCCGGUAGUACUUCUACUUCGAAUUCCCAACGAAAACGUACUACAUCAGGGAACAGUGCUCGGUCUGUCUCUGGCGUCUCCAUCAGGAGUGUCGGCGGAGCUAGCGUUCGAAGUGUGUCAUCGCCGCGAAUGGCAAGAAAGAGCUCUGUAACUUCGAGUGCCGCCUCUGCAACUUCAUCGAGACCACCGAGCGUUGCUGCCUCGAUUCGUAGCAAGAAAGAAGUGGCGCCACCUCUUCCGACGUUGAAGAAGAAAGGAUCAAGUGAUACCAUAAAGACAGUAGGCGGUACAGUGACGAAAGCUACUGCGUCUAGCGCUGCCAAAGCUACUCAGAAGACAACUGCACCUUCACGAAAGUUCACUACACCCAAAAUGCCGGAAGAACCAAGAGAUCCGCCUCCACAUUUGCACGGUGCUACAUUGGACAUCGGCAUUCCUUGUAUUGUCCAGGCCACUUUACCUCCACCCCCAUCGUCAUCUACUCUGAAUGGCUCCAAAUUGUCAGGUAGAAAGAAGUUUAAGGCACUUGCGAAAUAUAUCGGUCAAGUGGAAGGAGAAGACGGGAGCUGGGUCGGUGUGGAGGUUCCCAGUGCUUCGUCCACCUUUUCCGCCUCUACUGUCCCUUCUCCCAAUUUAAACACUGACGUAGAAAUGUCUGAUUCUGGUAUUUCCAUUCCGCCUUCCCUAAUGAAGAGUCCAAAAAACUCGGGAUGGCACGAUGGGACAUAUCAAGGGAUACGAUAUUUUACGCUAUCUGCUCCAGCGGCAUCUUCCUCGAACAAGAAGGAACAAUGGGGAGAUGCCGAUGAAACACCUGCUGGGGGUUACUAUCUUUCCUCACACAAGAAGUUUGCUAGUGCGGGAGUGGGGACAGUUAGGAAACGGGUUGAAACCGAAGUUGGCGGAACGGUGGGGAGAAACAACAAAAGGUUGAAGAUACAAAGCUCCGGCGGAGCAGCAGAGAAGAGGGGAUUGUUCGUAAGACCUCAGCAGGUGUUGUAUGUGGUCGAUGCUAUCGAUGGCGACGACGAGCUUUGACAGAGUGGAUGAAAGGUAACAUGCUUUGCUUUGUUAUUAUCGUCGUGCUUUCUGUUUCCUUAUUCCUGAUCCCACGAGAUACCCUUUUCGUUCUUCAGGUCAUUUCUUACCAGUAGACCUCUUACAAACACACACCUCCUUCAAGCUUCCUAUCAACUCACAACAUUCCUUAAUAAUUUCUCGUCCGAAUAUCACACUUCACGACUGUUGAGGCUACCUUUUCUUUCUCUUUCCUCACCGGAAUUGCCUGCCUUGGGAUACAGUUCUCUUCAUAUCUGUUUCUUCUAUUGCUGAAUUGGUUUAACGUUCGCUGUAGGUUACAUGUAUGGCAAGCCCAUUUAAUGAGAAAUCUCUGUCUCGGCCAACAAUUGCACCUCACAAGAUAAGAGGAUCGGAGGCUAUUGUCCAACCCCUGACCAGGUUUUCGUCUGAGCCUUCACUUACUGAAGUUAGUUGUUCGCAAUUGUUGAAGGGCUCGGUUAGGACGAUCCUGCGCUAAGUAAGGUCACUGAAUAUGAAUUCACAGCUUAAAAUAGUCUACGACAUCUGCUUAAAAGAUUCCAGCCCGAGCGAGCGUUUGGGAAUUGACGA